CACCGUCUCAAUACAUACUUUCGAAUCUGGAGUCAACAUCCACCAGUGUGCAGAACGCGCGUUUCGUAUAUUCCCUUCCUUGUCGCCCAUCAUGUCAGAUCGCGAAUUUAGUGCGAACGACGACUUGUCGCUACCUAAAGCGACGGUUCAAAAGAUCAUCACCGAGAUCCUACCUCCUUCAUCCGGCCAGACAUUCUCCAAAGAUGCUCGCAAUCUCCUCAUGGAAUGCUGCGUUGAAUUCAUCACUUUGAUCUCCUCCGAAGCCAACGAUAUCAGUGAAAAGGAAGCCAAGAAGACCAUCGCCUGCGAACAUGUCGAGCGCGCCCUCCGUGAUCUCGGUUUCAGCGACUACAUCCCCGAUGUCCUUGCUGUCGCGGAGGAACACAAAGAGCAGUUGAAGUCGCGAGAGAAGAAGCAGAGCAAGAUGGAGCAGAGCGGGUUGUCCGAGGAGGAGCUUCUACGGCAGCAACAGGAGUUGUUCCGCUCAGCUACUGAGAAGUAUCACGCUGCUCCGGAGUGAAGGUUACGAGUUUAAUAUCCGGGAAGGCUAAAAAAGUAAUGCGGUUAGUCUCAUGCUGGUCAUAGAGGGUCUGGUUCCGGAGUUCUUGAGACGUUUCCUACGACGGGGAUUUGGAGUUCGGGUGGUUCUGGUAUUAUACGCUUUAUACGCUUUGUGGGAAGGAUUUUUAUCACUAUACUUUUUUUUCUAUAUUCUCCUGGCUGAGGCAGUCUUUCUGGUUCGUUAUAUUAUUUAUUGAUGUGCAUGGCGG